AUGACCCUCCUACCGGGAGACAACUCCGAUUACGACUACAGCGCCCUGAGCUGCGCCUCGGAUGCCUCCUUCCACCCGGCCUUCUUCCCGCAGGGCCAGUCCCUCAAGGGUGUCUUCUACCGCCGGGCGCAGCGGCUGCGGCCCCGGCCCCAGGACGCGCCCCGCCAGCCCGGCCAGCCCGAGGACCGGCGGCGCCAGAUCAUCAUCAACGUGGGCGGCAUCAAGUACUCGCUGCCCUGGACCACGCUGGAGGAGUUCCCGCUGACGCGCCUCGGCCAGCUCAAAGCCUGCACCAACUUCGACGACAUCCUCAACGUGUGCGAUGACUACGACGUGACCUGCAACGAGUUCUUCUUCGACCGCCACCCGGGCGCCUUCGGCACCAUCCUGACCUUCCUGCGGGCGGGCAAGCUGCGCCUGCUGCGCGAGAUGUGCGCCCUGUCCUUCCAGGAGGAGCUGCUGUACUGGGGCAUCGCCGAGGACCGCCUGGACGGCUGCUGCAAGCGCCGCUACCUGCAGAAGAUCGAGGAGUUCGCCGACGUGGUGGAGCGCGACGACGAUGAUGAGCCGCUGUCCAGCGAGGACCCCGACAGCGAGGGCCCGGCUCAGGGCGAGGGCCGCCUGGGCCGCUGCAUGCGGAGACUGCGCGACAUGGUGGAGAGGCCGCACUCGGGGCUGCCCGGCAAGGUGUUUGCCUGCCUCUCGGUGCUCUUCGUCACCGUCACGGCCGUCAACCUGUCCAUCAGCACCCUGCCCAGCCUGCGGGAGGAGGAGGAGCAGGGCCAGUGCUCGCAGAUGUGCCACAACGUCUUCAUCGUGGAGUCGGUGUGCGUGGGCUGGUUCUCCCUCGAGUUCCUCCUGCGGCUGAUCCAGGCGCCCAGCAAGUUCGCCUUCCUGCGGAGCCCCCUGACGCUCAUCGACAUGGUGGCCAUCCUGCCUUACUACAUCACCCUGCUGGUGGACGGCGCGGCCGCGGGCCGCCGCAAGCCGGGCGCGGGCAACAGCUACCUGGACAAGGUGGGGCUGGUGCUGCGGGUCCUGCGGGCGCUGCGCAUCCUGUACGUCAUGCGUCUGGCCCGCCACUCCCUGGGGCUGCAGACGCUGGGCCUCACCGCCCGCCGCUGCACCCGCGAGUUCGGGCUCCUGCUGCUCUUCCUCUGCGUGGCCAUCGCGCUCUUUGCGCCCCUCCUCUACGUCAUCGAGAACGAGAUGGCCGACAGCCCCGAGUUCACCAGCAUCCCCGCCUGCUACUGGUGGGCCGUCAUCACCAUGACCACUGUGGGCUACGGGGACAUGGUGCCCAGGAGCACGCCCGGCCAGGUGGUGGCGCUCAGCAGCAUCCUCAGCGGCAUCCUGCUCAUGGCCUUCCCCGUGACCUCCAUCUUCCACACCUUCUCGCGCUCCUACCUGGAGCUCAAGCAGGAGCAGGAGCGGGUGAUGUUCCAGAGGGCCCAGUUCCUCAUCAAGACCAAGUCGCAGCUGAGCACCAUGUCCCACGACAGUGACAUCUUGUUUGGAAGUGCCUCCUCGGACACCAGAGACAACAACUGAGCCCAGAGGUCCUGCCCCGUCGCCACUGCCACUGCCAGGAGCCGCCCUCCCUGCCCCCUCCCUCCAGCCCUGCCUCCCCUCUGCAGC